AUGAACUCACGAAUGCCAGAGGCCCCGCCACCGCCCCGGUCCGCGUGCCAGAUGGAACGUGCGCUGUUGCAGCUGGUUGUGGAGGACGAUGCCAAGGCGCUCGUCUUCGUCCUCGGCCAGGACGCGCGCCGCUACUUCGAAGAGGAGCUCCCCGCAUCGCCGUUCGAGUUCCCUUCCCCGCAGGCGGUCGCCAAUAGCAGGCAGAACGUCGGGGUGAUGUUCCUGGACAAGCUCCAGUAUCUCUAUAUGUACCUGACCAAGCUGGAGGUGGACGAGGCGCCCGAGUACCGCACGCUGGUCGUCUACGGGCUGGAGCAGCUGCUGGGCGCCGGCGGCGAGCUCGACGCGGACCAGGUGAGGCUAGCCAGCCUCAUCUACAACACCGCGUUCCGCGUCCGGGUGCGCCACGGCGCGGCCGUGCGGUUCGUCGCGCACGGCGCGCCGCAUGCGCAGCUGCAGCAGCUCGAGGCGCACUGGCGUCUUUUCACGUGA